AUGGUCCCUCUUCCACUGUUCAAGCUCGCCUCUCUGUUUGUCCGCCAUGUGUCCAAAUAUGGAGCCAACCGAAUCAAAUCACAAGCCCACGACCACCCUCAAUUUCGCGCGUUCGCUGCCAGAUAUGGCCAAAAGAUCCACCAGCUGAAUAUGAGGCUAAAUGUAGCCUUGUUACGGAACACCGACGCAGAGCGGAGGGCCAAGGAGAAGGCCGAGGCACCAACUGUCAAGACCAAAGAGCAGAUAGAGAAGGAAGAACAACUGAAGGCCAAGUACGGAUCAACAACAAAAGAUUCAAAUCAGCCCAAAAGCUCUCUACGGCCCAGCAUAUGGAAACGGCAGUUCAAGCCUCUGCCUGAAGGCAAAGCUGUCGACCUCUUCGCGGAUGUUAUAGGGGAUGGCUUUAUUCUCCUGGUGGCCACGGCCCUGAUCCUCUACGAGACUUGGCGCUCAUCGAUCAAACCAGACAGGAACAAGGAGAGGAUCGAGGAGUUGACCAAGCAGUUCGAGGACCUGCAGGCCAAGGAACGAGACCAUGAAGAGGAGGAAAAGCGACAACAAAGCAGGAUACUGCAGCUCGAGGAGGUCCUGAGGAAUUAUAAAGACCCUAAGACAAAGCAGCCUUUACUGCCUUCACCGACGCCGGCAACAUGA